AAUGCGCAGUUAGGUAGUUAUUUCGAAACUAAGAAACUCGACGACAAGCGCCCAAACCUGCCGAGCCAUGGACGUGGCGUCUCUGAUCCCCCAGAUGGACAUAGGCCAGUCCGUCAACAUACAGAGGAGCGACGGUCGUAUCCACGCGGCUGCCAUCACGAGCGUGGACGAGGAGAGGCGGGUGGUGAGUGUGGAGUGGUUUGAGAAUGGAGAGACCAAAGGGAAGGAGAUUGACCUGGAGCAGGUGUAUGAGCUGAACAGAAGGCUAUUUGUACCCAAGUCAACCAGGUCCAGUCGCAAGACCCUGGCCACCCCAAAAGAAAAGGUGCCAGGGAACCAGCUAAAGGCAGUGGAAAAUGUUCCAAAACAACCAUCUAAAGGAUUGGUAGCCCCAAGUUCUCAAAUCCAGCCUCCCAACCAGCCAGCCUCCUACCGCCUACGCUCUCGUCAGCCCAACUCCAGUGUCGUCAACCAACAGCCACCAGCACCUCAGCAGUCGUCUCAACCCUCGGUCAAGAAACAACUCCCCCAGGCUCCUCCACCCUCCGGGAAGAAGCAGAUCCCUCCGUCACAGUCUGUGGCCGCACCCGUCUCCCACCUCCCUCCUCCCCCUCCUCCCGCCUCAUCCGACAGGGAUAAACCCGCCAACGAACCACCAAACUCCGCCCCUAAUAACAAACCUAAUGCUGGGCGGAAGUCCAGCUGUGUGCGGGAGGUGGAGAGACUGAAAAAGAACAGAGAGGAGAGGAGGGCUAGGCUGGCUGGUAAAAUCGCUCAGAGGAAAGAGGACUAUGACACGAGUCACCCUCAGUGGGAGUUCCUACAGAUGAUAAGGGAGUACUGCAGUCAUUUGGACCUGAGACCUCUGGUGGGAAAUGAAUCAGUAACAUUCCACAGAAUCUGUGUGUGUGUUAGAAAGAGACCGCUCAACAAGAAAGAGCUGGGAAGGAAAGAAGUCGAUGUCAUUACUGUCCCCGACAUGUCAAGUGUACUGGUACACGAACCCAAGACGAAAGUGGAUUUGACAAAGUAUCUGGAGAACCAAAAUUUCCAUUUUGACUAUUCAUUUGAUGAGAGCGUACAAAACGACACGGUAUACAGGUUCACAGCACAGCCUCUGGUGCACACCAUCUUCCAGCAGGGGAUGGCCACCUGCUUCGCCUAUGGCCAGACAGGGAGUGGCAAGACACAUACUAUGGGAGGGAGUUUUGUGGGGAAAGAGCAAGACGCUACCAAGGGAGUAUAUGCACAAGCAGCUGCAGAUGUCUUCAAGCUGCUGGAGCAGCCCGAACACUCUCAGAAAAAGUUGGAAGUGUGUGCCAGCUACUUUGAGAUCUACCUCGGCAAGGUGUUUGACCUCCUGAAUAAGAAGUCUCGACUGAGGAUCCUGGAGAAUGCCCAGCACGAGGUCCAGAUAGUGGGGCUGAAGGAGGAGCCAGUCUACGACCUGUCUGACGUACUCAGACUCAUCAGCUCGGGGAACUCCUGCAGAACUUCAGGGACGACGUCAGCCAACCAGCACUCCUCUCGUUCUCACGCCGUCUUCCAGAUUAUCCUCCGCAAGAGACAAAGUGGAAAGCUGCACGGAAAGCUGCACGGAAAGCUGUCUCUAAUCGACUUAGCAGGUAAUGAGAGAGGUGCUGAUACGGCCAAUUCAGACAGGAAUACGAGGAUGGAAGGAGCUGAAAUCAACCGCAGCCUCUUGGCUCUCAAGGAGUGUAUCAGGGCUCUGGGGAGGAAGGGAGCUCACUGCCUUUCAGAGGAAGCAAACUAACACAAGUUCUAAAAGACUCUUUCAUAGGAGAAAAUAUUCGGACAUGUAUGAUUGCAAUGAUCUCACCUGGACUCAGCUCCUGUGAACACACUCUCAACACACUCCGCUACGCAGACAGAGUGAAGGAGCUCCAGUCAGGAAGGGCAGGGGGAAGAGGAGGGGGAAGAGGAGGGGGAGGAGGGGGGCAGGAGGUAGUAAUGGCAGAGUCACCUCCUCUGGAUGCUCUGCCCGCUGGUCAGGGCGACAGUGAUGAAGAAUACAUCGAGAAGGAUGAUGAAUUGGAUAGGAGCAAGGAGAUGAUAACGUUCCAGCAGGCAUGCUCCAAUAUAGUGGAGAGUGAGGAACAGCUCGUGGAAGAUCUAUACACUCUCAUACAGGAGGACAGACAGUUACUGGAGGAGCAGGAGGCGGUUCUGGAGGCAGUCAAUGUCGUGGACCACGACAUUGACGUGUGUGUCCAGACCCUCGAGAGGAUCUACGGACAGAAACUUGACAGACUCACAAAGUUUGGAGAGCACCUGCAAGACCUGAAGACUCGGUUGAAAGAAGAAGAGACGGCAAGUCACAAGUACACCUUGGCCAAAAACUCCAGAGGUGGUGGCAGACAACUGCAGGCAUAAGACACCAUAGCUGCCCCACGUUGUACCAUGGCUACUGUACAUUCGUCAUGAUCUUCCACUGGCUCACAUCCAUAGUUUAUGUAUUUUACUAGCAGAGGUUGGAUUAUUUAUUGAUUGCACAUUAUU